CGUUCAGGUUGUAGAUAAACAUAAGGAUAACUUUGAGAAAUCUAUAUUAUUAAAAUUGAAGUACACAUUAGUACCGUUUGAAAACAUUUGAUAGUAGUCUAUAUUUCACUUAAUUUAAACAAUUUCAUUAAUUAUAUUUUCUUAACAAUAAUUCACAUCAUUAGUUAUAUUAUCAUAAUAAUAAUAGUGCAUAUUUUAUUUAUUAGUUAAUCGAUAUUAACUUUGUGCCCAUUAUAAAAUCAAAAAUGUUAAAUAACUAGGUUUUGCAUAUGUUUAAACGUUCAUGUUAGUUUGUUUUAUUAAAACUUUUUUUAUUUUAGCUUCAAUCGUUGGAAAACUAUGUCGCCAAAAACAUAAUUCAAAGACAUGUUUUUAUGAAUAAAAUAAUAAAAUGUGUUACAUUUUUAUCACUAAAUUUUUCACUCCAUAUGAUUAUUUUACUAAAUAAUUUUUUAAUUAGUUUAUGAAAUCAGAUAAACAUACACAUUGGCUAUCCAUUUAGGCAUGAACAUUGACAGCAUUUAUUUUACAUAUUAACUGUAAUAAUUGAACAUAUUUGAACGAAAUUACUCUAUUAGUGACAAGAAUUCAAAAUGGUUAACAAGUUUUUUUUUGUUUAUACAAUCAGUUAAAUAUAGACACUGAGUACUUGUUCAACUACGAAAUUAUUUCUUUUGGGUAUCAGUUUUUUUGUGUUUUGAAACUAUGCUUCAUUCGGGUAUUAUAAAACUUCAUGUGGAUUUUGAAUCGGGUCUUUCCAAAUCAAGAUGAAUUCAGUUUUGAUAUAGAGAAAUCUACAAAUAUCCAAAACCUAAUGUAUCUAAAGCUAAACUUAGCCUAAAAUAACCAGAUAACCAGAAAUAACCUUAUACAGUUAAUUAUACUAUAACACAUAAAAUAUAGAAUACUAAUCAUGAAAAAUAAAAUAUUCAUCUAUAAAAAGGUAAAAUUAGCACCCGCACGCUCUAGUACAUUUUAAAACUACAUUUUAUUAUGUUGUAAGACAUUUGGAUCCAGAUAAAUCGACAAGUUUAAUGGCAGGUGGAGGCAAUAUUGUUUUUGAUAAGAAUGUGAAUUUUAUUCAUCAGAAUGUACAUCUGAUACAAUAACUGAAUCAAAAGUUGCAUAGAUAAUUGUUACCUAAAAGUCAAAAAAAUAUUUAAAAGAUGAUUUGCCACAAGAGUUAAAAGCUCCUCCAAUCCUAAAAUGAAAUACGGAGAAAGUUAAACAAAGAUAAGAAAAUGGAAUCUAAAUAGGUGUAGUAGACAAUAUUGGCACGUCAAGUUGUUGUUUUUGACAACCGACACACUGUGUUGUCCAGAAAACAUAAUAUGUGUCGCCUUAGUUUUUAUAAAAUGGCGUUUGUCAAAGCUUAAACGAACGAAAAAUCACAUUAGUCUUGGUGGAAGAGGAAGAGAAAAUGGAAUCUCAUGCCACUGAUAACAGAAAAAAACCACAUGUAACUUGCGUGCCUUACCCGGCCCAAGGCCACAUCAAUCCCAUGCUGAAACUGGCUAAACUCCUCCACGCGAAAGGCAUCCACGUUACCUUCGUCAAUACCGUCUACAACCACAAUCGACUCCUUCGGUCCCGUGGACCAAACGCUCUUGAUGGACUUCCUUCGUUCCGGUUCGAGACCAUCCCCGACGGUCUACCAGAGACCAACGUGGACGCCACGCAGGACAUCACUUCCCUUUGCGAGUCCACCAUGAAGAACUGUCUAGCUCCGUUCGAGGAGCUUCUCUGGCGGAUUAACGCCAGCGAUGAUGUCCCUCCCGUGAGUUCUAUAAUAUCGGACGAUUGUAUGAGUUUCACUCUUGAUGCAGCAGAGAAGCUUUGCAUCCCUCAUUUGCUUUUUUGGAGCACAAGUGCUUGUGGCCUCAUGGCUUAUUUACAUUUUGAUCACUUCAUCGAAAAGGGUUUAUGUCCAGUAAAAGAUGAGAGUUACUUGACGAAAGAAUACUUGGACACCGUUAUAGAUUGGAUACCGUCGAUGAAAAAUCUAAAACUAAAGGAUAUUCCGAGCUUCGUCCGUACCACUGAUCGUGAUGAUAUUAUGCUUAAGUUUACCCUCCACGAGGUCGAGCGAGCGAAACGCACUUCUGCUAUCAUUCUCAACACAUUUGAUGACCUAGAGCACGAUGUCAUCCGGUCUAUACAACCCAUUUUUUCUCCGGUUUAUACAAUUGGACCGCUUCAUCUUUUAGCUAACCAGGAGAUUGAAGAUACUAGUAAGGUAGGAAGGAUAGGAUCAAAUUUAUGGAAAGAGGAGAUAGAAUGUUUGGAAUGGCUUGAUACUAAGACUCCAGACAGUGUACUCUAUGUUAACUUCGGGAGCAUCACUGUCAUGAACGCAAAGCAGCUUGUUGAGUUUGCUUGGGGUUUGGCAGGAAGUGGGAAGGAUUUUUUGUGGGUGAUCCGGCCAAAUUUAGUUGCUGGAGAGGCGGCGGUGGUUCCACCGGAGUUUUUAGUGAAGACAAGGAACCGAGGCAUGAUGGCCAGUUGGUGUCCUCAAGAGAAGGUCCUUUCCCACCCGGCAGUGGGAGGUUUCUUAACCCAUUGCGGAUGGAACUCAAUGUUAGAGAGUUUAUGUGGCGGUGUACCGAUGAUAUGUUGGCCGUUUUUUGCAGAACAGCCAACGAAUUGUAAAUUUUGCUGUGAUGAGUGGGGAGUGGGGAUGGAGAUCAGCGAAAGUGUAAAGAGGGAGGAGACUGAGGCUGUGGUAAAAGAGCUGAUGGAUGGAGACAAGGGAAGGAAAAUGAGAGAGAAGGCGAGGGAAUGGCGGCGCUUAGCCGAGAAAGCGACAGAACAUAAGUAUGGUUCCUCGGUUAUAAACUUUGAGAUGGUUGUUAGCAAGGUUCUUUUGAGACAGAGAUCAGAGGAUUAACUAAAACAUAAGAUGGAUAUCAUAGAAAUGUUACAUAUAAUGAUUGUUAUGUUAGUGUUUUUCUUGUUUCUAUCGCGUAUAAAAUAGAUAUAUCCAUGGCCGGUAAGCUGGAUUGAUAAAUAAACAAGUAUUGGUCAAUAACUAAAUUUCAAUGAUU